AUGUCACCACCACACUCGCCGGUCGUGAAGGCCUUACAGUCUAGCGACGGCAAUUCCAUCUACGCUGAAGCCAUUGGGGAUCCCAAGAACCCGCCCAUUGUCCUGAUUCACGGAUUUGGCCUCUCUGCAGCGGCACUAGACAAACUGUUCUUUGAUGACCGUCUAGUAGAACGAUUCUAUCUUGUUCGUUUCGACAUGCGUGGCCAUGGUCGAAGCGGCAUGCCUGAUAAAGCAGACGGGUACUUUUCCGAGCUCUAUGCGAACGAUUUCGCCACAGUCGCCAGCGCCUUCGGCUUAAAAAAGCCCAUAUAUGUGGGAUGGAGUUAUGGAGCGACGAUUGCAGCAGAUAUUUGCGCACACUUACCUGAAGACACGCUUGCUGGCAUUGUCUACAUGGCGGGCUUGCCGUGGCUUAGCCUGGAUAUGUUGGGCGCCGUAGCAACCCCCAUGGUCCUCGGACUCAUUCCCGGCCUUACUUCGGCAACAGAGGUUGCACAAAAUCGAGAGUCAAAGUUGGCCUUCAUUGAUUCCUUGUUCGCCCACCCGAACGAGGUCGACUACUACACCAAACUUGCAUGGUUGGGUCUGACAGCGACGCAGUCUCCGACGGCGGCCCACUGCGUACUGUCUCGCAACCAAGAUCCAACCCGACUGUUUGAGGCGGGUAACCGCGGGCUGCCACUGCUGGUGUUACAUGGGGCAAAUGACACACAGAUAGUCGGUGAGCUAGUGGCGAAGCAGAUGAAGCCGCACUUCAAGAGCAUGGACGUUCGUAUCAUUGAAGGGGGCAGUCACGCCUUGCAUUUCGACUUUCCAGAUGAUGUAGUGGAGGCGUUGUCGAGCUUCGCACAGAAGGUCUGUGGGAACUGA